CCAUUUGAAAAUAAUACGAACGAGGCUAAGAAGAAACAAGAUGGCUGCGCCCACAGUUGACUCUCGUGCAAGUACAGUUCGAGGGAAAAAGGGAAAUAAAAACUAUUAUCCAGUAAAGAAUACAAUAACGUCACCUUUUCUGUCUGAAUGGCCUCAGCUCUCACAUGAAGAAACAUCACUCCUACUGCAGAAAAUCACAAGCACCUUCACCCCUCAUGCAGAAAGCCUGGCCAAGCAGUCCUCCAAGGGGAAAGAGAAAGUUGUUUCUGAUGAGGCUAAAACAAAACGAGCCUUCCUCAGAUCCCAGCUGGCGUUGGGACUCAAUGAGGUGACACGUUCCCUGGAGCAGGACAAGCUUCGCCUGGCUCUGGUGUGCCGGUCAGCCCAGCCUGCCCUCAUGACCAAUCACCUGAUGUCGCUCAGUGCGACACGAGACACGCCUGUGCUGUGCCUUCAGGGUCUGAGCGCCACUUUGGCACCCAUACUGAAGCUGAAGGUGAUACUUGCUGUUGGGUUUAAGAAGAUUACACCUGCUGACCCGGCUGCUUUCGAUGAGCUUGUUAAUUGCAUCGUUGGCAUGACGCCGCCAAUCAACGUUCCGUGGCUCCAAUAUAAAGAGCUGACCCUCGACCAACUCCGGGAGGUAGUCACAACUGCUGUGCUGCGGGUGAAGACAGCUGACAAAAGCACAGAAAAACAGAAAGGCAAAGGCAAGGGCAAGAACAAAGGUCAAGGGUCAUCUGGUUUCAAGGCCCCGGAACCUGCACAAGCAGGAACUUCCAGUGACAGCCAAAGCCAAGCAGGCCGAAAUCCAGAUUCAGGGGCCAGUCCCAAGGUCAAAGGUGAAGCACCAAUGGUAGCACACCCUCAGGACAGUGCUGUGGCCCCUGAACAUGCACAAUCCUUGGAGGGAAUUAAAAGCAACGUUGAUGACAUUUCGGAGAAAUUAGUGCUUUUGCCCGAAGAAAAGCUUGAAUCACAGAAAAGAACAGUUCAAGUUGGGGAAACUGCACAAUCACAGAAAAGAACUGAUGAAAAUCCUGCGAAGAAAAGAGCAUUGUCGGGAACUCCCCCGGGUCUCUCGAAAAAAAGAGCCAAAAUGGUGUUGAGGCCCGACUACAAGCCAGUCACCGUCCUUCCAGUCAAGAUCAUCCCCAAAGACCUGAAAGACAAAAAACAGCUGAAGAAAAAGCGGAAACAGAACAAGAAGAAAAAGUGAUUAUUGAACUGCAGUGCAUGACAGCGGUACUUGCAGAUAUGCUGCCCCACAAUUGAACCUCAAAAGUGUUAUGAAAAUUCAUAAUUUAUGAUGGACAAGAGUCAAAGCUUUUGAAUUCUGAAAGUCUGAAAACUCAAGACUUUCAAAACUCAAUAUCAGAUCAAACCUACUAUUGUCAUUUUUUUUAGCAUAAAUAGCAACUUUAGUUUUUUGUUUAAAUUUGUUUGUUGUAAUUUUUUCUGCAAUGUUUUUGACUCAAAAUUGUAACCAAGUAAUGAUUUUGUGGACAACUUUUUUUUUUCGUAAUCAGCUCUAGAUUUAGCAAGAUUUGGCCAAUUUUAUUCGCCAUUUUAUUAUUGAAACAAUUUGUUAAGUAUGCAAGUCAAAAUCUGGAAAUAAAAGCUCAUUAUUUGAGGUAAAAAAGGAAAACUAAAAUGUUCUCGAACAUUUUGAGACAUUCAAAUGAAAACAGAUAAUUAAAAAAAAAACGACAUAUGAAAAGUAAGCCCCAAAUAAUCAGACUCAAAUGUUUAAUUUGCAUUAUUUUCCACAUAAUAAUAAAUACAUGUAUACAGUUGUAACUAUGAUUUUCUUUAAUCCCUUGUAAUUUCACCUUAGCUUAUCUGCUGUAUAUAUAAACAUGUAAUCAAUGAUGAUCAAUAACACACAAUGAA